UUUAAGACAACUGCGUCAGAUGAUCAAGGUGUACGAUUGGACGCAGCAAUAACAAAGAUAAAGCAUCACCCACCGCCCACAGCGACACCCGGCAACGAGCAACGAGAUGGGGAUCAACCCCCAUGAUAUAAUACCCGCACCAUGUCGUGUCCUCCGGAUCCAAGUAGCAGUCCAGAGACCGCUAACACCCAAGAACAGCACCGUCUGUGGAAUCAGAGAGAUGUUUGGAUCAGCAAUAUCCUCCCCUUUGUAGGCAUGGGAAAUUAUGCGUUGGUGGCAGCUGUCAACAAGAACAUGUACGAUCUCUACCAGGAAUAUUGUGCCACCAUCAAGUGUCCUCCAAACGUAUCGAUUGCGCAUCCCUCUUCCCACGUCAAUACAAGGCUGGCAAGUGGCGUGGAUACUUUGUACAGUGCUGCAUUCGCCAACGUGCCAUGCGCUGAAUAUUGGUUCACUGAUUCUUCGGACAAUCGAAGACCCGGCCUAAGUUUUGCUUGCCAAAAGAUGGCACACAUUGCGUCUCUACCUGUUCUACAGUGGGCCCACAAGCAGGGAAUUCCAUGGGAUGAGAGAACAUGUGCUGCUGCAGCUGUAAGUGGGAAGUUGGAUGUUCUGCAAUGGGCCAGAGAGCAUGGCUGUCCUUGGAAUGAACACACAUGUGCUGCAGCCGCCAAAGGUGGGCAUCUACAUAUAUUGGAAUGGGCACGAGAUAAUGGAUGCCCUUGGAAUUCAUUGACUUGUGCAAAAGCUGCAGAAGGUGGCCAUUUUUCAAUCCUCAAGUGGGCUCAUGAGCAAGGGUGCCCAUGGGAUGCAGGGACGUGCUCUGGUGCCGCAAAAAAUGGGCACCUAGAAAUCUUGAAGUGGGCAAGAGGCAAUGCCUGCCGAUGGAAUGCCAAAACUUGCUAUAUUGCUGCUGAAGGCCAACACUGGGAGCUCUUGAAAUGGGCAAGAGAAAAUGACUGUCCUUGGAAUCCAAGGACAUGCGCUUCAAUUGCUAGAAAUGGGGAUCUGACAAUGUUGAUGUGGGCAACAGAAAAUGGAUGUCCUUGGGAUAUCAGAACCUGUGAAAAUGCUGCUCAUGGUGGCCAUUUGAAUGUUUUGGAAUGGGCCUGGGAGAACGGCUGCCCAUGGAACUCACGGACAUGUGCAUCUGCGGCUUCUGGUGGGCACCUGGAAAUCCUGAAAUGGGCAAGGGAACACGGAUGUCCUUGGGAUGAAUCAACAUGCUUACAUGCUGCCAGUGGUGGCCACCUGGACACAUUGAAAUGGGCACAUGCAUCUGGUUGCCCAUGGAAUGAAUCUACAUGUUCCAAUGCUGCUCAGAGAGGACAAUGGGAUGUCCUGAGUUGGGCACACGACAAUGGAUGUCCAUGGGAUGCAACCACGUGUGCUGCUGCUGCCAGAGGGGGGCAUUUCAAAGUCCUGAAAUGGCUUCGAGUCCAGGGUUGUCCAUGGGAUAGGAGGACAUGCCAUGGGGCAGCUCUGAAUGGGCAUUUGAGCAUCUUGAAAUGGGCCAGAGCCAGUGGGUGCAGCUGGGAUGCAACCACAUGUGCUUCUGCUGCCCUUGGUGGGCACCUUGAAGUCCUGCAGUGGGCUAGAAAAAAUGGCUGCCCAUGGCAUGAAUCAACAUGUUCCAACGCUGAAGAGGAAGGUCAUGGAAUAGUGCUGCAAUGGGCUCGUGAAAAUGGCUGCCCUCAGUGGCGGCGCUACGAGUAUUGAUCUUCCUUUCAGGCCAGCGAACUUGCUUGCUUUAGCAGUGGUGGAGGCACCUCAGUUCAGACAGGUACAUCAUACCGGUAGGAACAUCAUUGAAGUUGAUCCUUAGCCAGCAGCGCCUCGUCCAUCUUGUACGGUACUGAUACCACCUGUAGCCCCUGUUUUGAUUGGAUAUACGUUUCGCAAAAGUGCUAUUGUGCCGUUAGCUCGUCUCAGGUGAUGGCUUCCCCAGACUCGACUCGCUCUAGCCUGUAAAUCAAUGAAUGAUACGCAACCAAGAAAGAAUGAGUAGCUAGAAAAAUUAAUGUACUGUUUGUUUGUAGUUUGUUUUCG